ACAAGACGUCGAUCGAACAACUUCAUCUGCAUUCGGCUUAUGUUUUAUUCCUCCGGGCUCCAUGAUUACAGCAGCCAUCAUGAGAUCCUUAACUUGACUUAGAGAGAUCAUGCAAAUGGAAGUGUCUUCUAAUCAGCGGAGGCCAGCAGAGAGGGAAGCUGACAAACAACCGCAGUGCCCCAAGGAAGAAAUUGACGUUCAAGUGAAAGAAGAGGUAUUCCCCAAUCUUAGCGACAAGAUACAGGCUUUCCUCCCACCAUGCCCACAGGUGAUGGAACGAUGGGGAACUCUGAGGGACCAAAUGCUGGAUACCGCUGAUCUUCAAAAGUAUGCUGCCAAGAUUGUGGGUGUUGAUUCUUGGAGCUCGGAUGAAGCCUUUGCAAGUUAUCUUUUGGACUGCCUUGAGGAAGACUUGGCUCACGGUGACGAGAUUAUACCAGAUGAAGAUGAGGAAACAAAAGCCGAAAGCUUGGAAGUUCAGUUGCUGUUCCCCCACCUAGGAGCCAAGUGGGAGAGAUUACGGGAUCGUUUGCUGAGCAUCCCGUACGUCAACCGCUACGCCAUCCAGCAUCCAGGCUGGAGCGGUGAUCAGCUCGUAAGCUGCUGCCUGCUGGAUCGCUUAGAAGAACAGCUGGAAAAUACGAAGCAAGAGGAAGAAGAAGAGAGGCAGCUUCAAGAACAAAUGCAGCAAGAUGCGAAUGAUAACAGGCAGGUCGAUGGGGAUGUAGAUGAAGCUGAAGAAAUUCUAAAUGAUGACGUCGAUGAUGAUGCCGCUGUUAAUGACCCUGCCGAUGAUGACGACGUGGAUGAUGGGGAUGAUGGCCACGAUGAUGAUAAGAAUGAGGUUGAGGAAGACAGUGAAGAGGACGACAUUGCAAUGACUGACGACCCAAAUGAUCUAGACUAUUGUCCAACUGCUGUCCCCAAACGCAAAGCUAAAGCAGCUACUACUACUUUGACCUCCGAUACAAGUAUUUCAGCGGAGAAUCCAGAACCCAAACAAGAAGCUGGGAAAAAGAUUCAUUCACAACCAAAUGUCAGGGUCUACAUAUGCAAUAUCUGCAAUUGGCACGCAGAUUCCAAAACAACAGCAAAACAGCAUUAUAAAGAGGUUCACUGGGACCCUGGGACGGGACCAAAUGGCAAAAAAAAAAACCUCCCAACCGCAGCUAAAGAGGUUGCCACCAUGUACUGGCACUGUUUGGAAUGCGAAGCCAACGUGGAGGACUUGAGGGAACACAAACGGGAAUGCCCGGGCGUCACGUGCGAAGUGUGCGGCAAAACGUGCCUCAAGCGGAGCAUCCUGCGUGCUCACACAAAGAAACGACACACGCUGAAUCGAUCAGAACUGAAGAACCAGCUGUGCCAUCUCUGCGGGAGAUUGUUCUACAGCCGCACAGAUCUGAACCUCCAUAUCCAAGGACAUCUAGGGGUUAAGAAAUACAUAUGCCAGGAGUGCGGAAAAGCCUUCAGCAUGCCAAUAAAUCUGAGUCGGCACAAAGUGAUCCACAUGAAGGAAAAACCGUUUGAGUGUUCCUACUGCGGACAGCGCUUCAGCCAGAAGUACAACAUGAAGAAACACACGCGGUUACACACUGGGCUGAAACCCUACGAGUGCGAGCUUUGCAGCGAGGCGUUCAAUCACAACGUCAGCCUCAAGAACCACAAGAAAAAGGCUCAUGGGAUUGAUUGGUGGCAGAAACAUAAACUGCCGGCGGAUCAUCCCUUCUCCAAACAUGUGGCACGAAACAAAUAACAGCCCCCUCUGUUGUCAAUUUCUGACUUGGCACUUGCAGAGUGCAAUAUUUGCCGAAUAUAUCUUGCCUUACCUAAAACUUUGAAAUUUACCAACAGGUGUCCUAUAUUUGAUGCCAAAAUAAGUAGUUACAAUUUCAUAGUUUUCUGAAGAAUUCCAAAGUUGUAAAGAUGGACUUUUGAAAAUUGAGUUUGAAUCACACAGCCUGUCUAACCUUGCUGUGUUUUGCCAAUGCCUUGCCGGAAAAAAUACCCAACAAAACCUCAAAAAUGAAUCGGAAUUAAAAAAACUACUCUACAAUCAGAAUCCAAAGGGGUCUUUUGCAGUGGGCUUAGUACUCCCUUUUCAAAUAAUGAAAUUGCUUUAAAAAGUUGUGGUUCACUUGAAAAAAAAUAAGAAAUUGUUUUCAAAAGUUUUGGUUCGUUUGAAAAUUCAAGAAAUUGCUUUGAAAAGUUGUGGUUCACUUGAAAAAAAAUAAAGAAAUUGCUUUGAAAAGUUUUGGUUCAUUUGAAAAUUCAAGAAAUUGUUCGGAAAAGUUGUGGUUCAUUUAAAAAAAAGUAAACAAAUUGUCUAGAAAAGUUAUGGUUCAUUUGAGAAAAAUCAAGCAAUUGUUUCGAAAAGUUGUGGUUCAUUUGAAAAUAUA